AUGUCUUUACCGUCCCACAAAUCGGGUCUCCCCACGGCUACUCGCGAUGGCCCGUUCUCUAGCCCGACAGAGUCCGAAUUCUCAGACGAUUAUGACGGGCUGGACUCUGUUCGGUCCUGGGAUGAGAAGCAGGUGAUAGAUUGGCUCCAUAGCAUACGGUGUGGACAGUAUGAAGCGCUGUUCAAAGCGAAUCACUUUAAUGGGGAUAAUCUUCUUGAUUGCGAUCAGAAGAUUCUACAGGAAAUGGGGAUCAAGAAAAUCGGAGACCGAGUGCGGAUUUUCGUUGCCAUCAAACAACUCAGGAACAAGAACGUAUCGAAUCGCAAAAAGCGGAAUAGGGCUUCGUUGGCUGCCCUUGAUUCUGCCCAAUACACGCCCCCUUCCUCCGAAUCUCCCCGCCCCGCAAAUUCUCGACAACAGGCUGCGGGGAACCGUCGAUGGUCUCGACAGGUCGAUCUUCCAUCGCUCACGGGCUACAACACAAGUUACACAACAUCAGGGAGAACGUCAUCAAGGCCUUCCUCUCCUCCAGCAGAUUCCGACCGUGGCCUGCGGUCAUAUCGCUAUCCAGGUGUUAGUCCGAUGGAAAAUUCACGGAGGGAACAAGGUUCGAAUUCCUUCAACGGCUAUUCUAAUUGCACAUCUUCUAACUCAGGGUGCUAUCCAGUAACUCCCGGCGAAGUUCCGCAAACUGCCAGAACGGUCAUGCACAUCAGACAAAACCCAAGCAUGGAUGGAAUUACCAUGAGCUCACUUCCACCUAAUUCACCUGUUAUACGAGUAAUACAUUCCGGUGGUCAGACGAAAGUCUUGAAUAUAAAGCAUUGUAAAACCCCCGAGGAUAUUUUUAUUUGCGUUCUAAGAAAACUUCUGCUUCCCGAGUCCCACUAUAGAAACUAUUGUUUUUAUGUCCUCGACGGCCUGGAUCCUAACCCAGGCAACUGUCGUCGCUUGACUGAUUCAGAGCUACUGAAAAUAUGCGACGGCCUCCAUAGAUCGGAACGUGGCCGCCUGAUUUUGAGGAAAAUCCAUGCUGGAGAACCAGAGCCGGAGGAACUCCAAAGAGCUGCCCAGAUUGCUCUUGACGAAAGCCAAACAGCCCAUCUGAAUGCUCUUAGCGGGACCAAUGUGCGAAAUCAGAUUAAACUCCAAAAGCUCACCGGUGAAUCAUGGCAUAACAUCAGACAACCUCUCUCACCCUUAUCAGCCACCGACCGCAAUAGAGAAGAGUUCCAAAGACCAACCCCUUCGGAACGACACCAGUCCGCAAAAUUGCGAUCAUUUUUCGGUGCCCGUCCGCCUAGUGAAAUGAUUAUUCAUGAACUUACGUCGUAUUUCCCAAGCCACCAGAAGGAAGAUAUUGAGAAGACGAUGCGUUUAUCCGUGCGAAGAUCACAGCGUAUGAGCCGUGCUGCAAGCCGACUGAGUGUUGUUAGUAACCUUAGUUACGCCUCUAGUUUGAAAGAUGCACCACCUAUCCCUAGUAUUGCAGACACCUGGUUAGCAGGAAAUAAUGGGCCUGCAAGGCCGGCGAGACCCUUAUCUGUUUCCAAGUUCAACUUAACCCAGACGUCAUUCCGCGAUUCCAUAGCAUCUUCCCUUCAGCCCCUCCAAGAGGAAUCUCCCAUCGAACCUAACCGAAAAUCCUAUGUUUCAUUUGAUAGUGGUUCUGACCACACUCCUGGGGAGACUGAUCGUCAGACUUUCCUGGACGAGACAAUUAGCCUCUCUGCCACGGACGGGGCUGGAUCAAUCAAUGAACGCCUUAGCAUCAUAGUUGCAGAGGAUGGAGAGGAACAGGAUGACGGGUUGACUGCCUUCCUGGCUGGCGACAAUUUCGGGAACAAAAACUGGAUGAAAGGAUCCCUAAUUGGUGAAGGAUCAUUUGGAAGUGUCUUUCUAGCUCUGCAUUCCAUCACUGGAGAACUUAUGGCUGUCAAGCAAGUAGAGCUGCCAUCCGCGACCAAAGGAACAGAGUUCGACCAAAGGAAGAACAGUAUGGUCACCGCUCUCAAGCACGAAAUCGACCUCCUCCAGGGCUUGCAACAUCCAAAUAUUGUGCAGUAUCUAGGGACAUCCACUGAUGAACAACACCUCAAUAUUUUCCUCGAGUACGUCCCUGGGGGCUCCAUUGCAAUGAUGCUUAAACAAUAUAACACUUUCCAAGAGCCGUUAAUCAAGAACUUCGUCCGUCAAAUCUUAGCAGGCCUCUCGUACCUGCACAGCCGCGACAUCAUCCACAGGGAUAUCAAGGGCGCCAAUGUCCUAGUCGAUAACAAGGGCGGCAUUAAAAUAUCCGACUUUGGUAUCUCCAAGCGCGUUGAGGCUUCGACCGUGCUGGGAAGCGGUGCCAAUCUAGGCGGUGGCGGCCAUAUACAUCGCCCCUCUCUCCAAGGCAGUGUAUACUGGAUGGCACCCGAGGUCGUGCGACAGACGGCCCAUACGAAGAAAGCCGACAUCUGGAGUCUGGGAUGUCUCGUCGUUGAGAUGUUCAUUGGCGCCCACCCGUUCCCCGACUGCAGUCAGCUACAGGCUAUCUUUGCCAUUGGCAGUAAUCAGGCACGUCCGCCGCCGCCGGAAAAUGCUAGCAAGGAGGCCAUGGCGUUCUUAGAUAUGACGUUUGAGAUCAAUCAUGAGAAGCGCCCCAGUGCGGAUGAAUUGCUUAGCAGCUCAUUCCUAUCACAGACAAUCCCUUGA